CCUCGGACCUUGACCGGCCCUCAGACCUCAGGGCCGAGAUUGGCGUUCCAUGGUCCGUCAUUCCCCGCAACUCUCAACUCGCUCGUCCCAUUCCGAAUCGCCACUCAACAGCAUGCGCUGUCCCGCGUCACGCGCCGGCGCCUAGCCCGUGAAGCGCGCAUGUGGAGCAACGUUCCCCACGCACCAUGUCGCCCAUUGCCUCCAUCCCCAUCUCCGCACCCACGCCCACCAAGGCGCGCGCGCGCGCGGCGGACGCGGCGGACGCAGCGUCCACAGCGUCCUCAGCGUCCUCAGCGACCUCGGCCUCAUCGUCGUCCUCCACCUCCACCCUCGCCAAGCGCUACUCGCUGCAGCCGGCCAGCGGCGUCCCGCGCCUCCCGGACGAGCCAGUGGGCUGCGCGACGCUCAUCGGCUGCUUCUCGCAUCUCGCGCUGUGCAAUGCCGCGGGUCCCCGCUUCCCGCCCAAGCCGCAGCCGGCGCCCUCCACCCCCCUCGGGAGCAGGGAGGAGCAGCGGCGCAUCUACCUGGGCCCGAAGCUGAGCGCGCGCGCGACGGGCGGCCCGGACGCCGGGCCGCUCAUCGAGCGCUUCUCCUGUCUGUUCAAGGACCAAUACAACUGCAAACACAACCCGCGCGGCAUCGUGUCGCUCGGCGUCGCCGAGAACUUCCUCCUCGAGAAAGAGUGUCUCGAGUACUUUACCCAUGCGUUCCAGCACAACUUUCUCGCGUCCGACCUCUCGUACGGCGACGGGCUGUGGGGCAGCCGGCGGAUCAACCGCGCGCUCGCCGGCUUUUUGAACGACUACUUUGACCCCGCACACCCCGUGCUCCCCGACCAGCUGAUUACGGGCGUCGGGUGCUCCGCCGUGCUCGACCAGCUCUUCCACACGCUCAUGGACGAGGGCGAGGCCGUGCUCCUCGCCGCGCCAUACUACACCGGCUUUGACCGGGACCUGAUCGGGCGCGCGCGCGUCUCCCUCGUCCCCGUCGACUUGCCGGCGGACGAGGCGUUCGCGCCGUCCAGCCUCUCGUAUUUCGCCGCCAAGGCCGACGCGCUCGCCGCGCAGGGCGUCACCGUGCGCGCCGUCAUCGUGUGUAACCCCCACAAUCCCCUCGGGCGGACGUACCCCCGCGACACGUUGCUCGCGUACGCCCGUUUCUGCGAGGAGCGGGAUCUCCACCUCGUCAGCGACGAGAUCUACGCUAUGAGCGUAUACGGCGGUGCGGGGUUUACGUCUAUGCUGAGCCUCGACGUCGAGCGGGAGCUCGGCGGAGGCGGAGGCGGAGUCGGCGUCGGCGUCGGCGGCGGCAUCGGCGGGGACGAGGACCAAGUCCUGGGCCAGGGCGAAGGCGAGGGCGAGGUCGCAGGCGAGGGUGCCGGAAAAACCUUCACGUUCGACCGCGCACGCCUGCACGUCGUAUAUGGCAUGAGCAAGGAUUUCUGCGCGAACGGGCUGCGCGUCGGCGCGCUCGUGAGCCAGGCCAACCCGCUCCUCCUGCGCGCGAUGGCGGGCACGUCGAUGCUCAUGAAGAUCUCGUCGCCCGCCGACGUGAUUUGGAGCGCGCUGCUCACCGACGAGGCGCGCCUGGCCGAGUUCGUCGCGCUCAACCGCGCGCGGCUCGCCGAGGCCGCCGCGUACGUCCGUGCCUGGUUCGAGGCGCGCGGCGUGCAUGUCGCCCCGUCGAAUGCCGGCAACUUUGUGUGGGUGGAUAUCGGGGGCCGCCUCGGCUUCCGCGAUGCCAUGGAGGAGAAGCGCGUGUUCCAGCGCCUCUUGGACGGCGGCGUCUACGUCGCGCCCGGCACGGCGUACCAUAACUCUGAGGCGGGCUGGUUCCGCAUCACUUUCUCCGUCGCACGAGACAACCUCAACGUCGGCCUCGGCAAGAUUGAGCGCCUCCUCGACCUCUACCCCCUCAAGGCCUAA